UCUGCGACUGAGUGUAAUUAGUUUAAAAGCACAGAGCAGCAGUGGUUGUAUUUGUGAAUCUUCUGUCGCAGUACAACAAAGUAGGAUUGACAGAAGGCCCAGGCAGCAUAUUUUAACAAAUUCUUCCUAAAGAUCGAAGCAGAAUGGCGCACUCUAAACCGAGUUUCAUCGUGAAAAGUACAAUAAAUGUGUACAACAAGAGAAGUGAGUCCAUAAACAGCAUUGAGCUGUUGUUGGGCGACAUAAGUCAACUGGAUAAACAACGCAAUAAUGUGGACAUACUCAUCAUGUCAGCUGCAACAGAUAGCUAUGGCACCCCAGCUAACACCGUGAUGGCCGCAUUGAGCACCAAUCUUGCCCUAAACGUCGGCGAUCUGGCCAAGAACAAGGCUGUCGACAAGAGAAGCACCCAUAAAUGCUGGUGGUCUCAGCCCCUUCAAAAUAUGCCGUUUGGGAGACUGCUCUGCUACGAAUCUGGGUCUAAACUUGGCAUAGCUACAGACUGUACUACCAAUGUCUUCACUUGCUUGAAAGAGAUCUUUCAACGGACCAGCUUCAAAGCAGCGGCAUCUCUGCUUAAUACUGGAGGCCAGGGCUUGGAUGAGGUAGCGAUGCUGAAAGCCAUCGUGGAAGCGGCCAUCAAUGACAUAGAGGAUGGACUAGACCUGAGGCAGCUCAUGAUCUUCAUCAACGCUGACAUCCAAGAUGAGCAGCUGGUGGGCGUGCCAAAAGUCCGCAACUAUGAGGGAAUUCUGGCAAAGUUUGAAGAAAUCAAACAACAACAUGAGCAAAUAUGAAAUCGCGGGAAUUUAAAGGCACUGGACACAAUUGGUAACUACUUAUAAUUUUUAGCGUAACAACUUACUUGGUAAAGGCAAUGG